AUGACCACAACGUCAUCAGACCACACAACUUUGAUGGAUACAUCAGGUGCACCUUCAAGCAUCACAACAACAAACGGAGGAACAAAUAUAGAUUCAUCAUCAUGUACUUCUCGGACUCAUAAAUUAUCUAAAUUUUACAAAUGGUGUCCUCAUGAUGAUUAUCUUUUAGUAAAAGCUGUUGAACGAGGUAUGAGCGCCGAGGAAAUUCGUGGUACUAUUAAAUUCGAACGACCUUUCACGAUUGAAGAAAUAACGGAACGUUGGUUGGCUAUUUUGUAUGAUCCGAUGAUUGCACAAACAACUGCUAGGCAUCUUGUUGUUCUACAAAACCUUAAAAAUUAUAAGAGAGUUCCUUGGUCGUCCGAAGAGAAUCAAAUCAUAUUCAAGGAGGCUGAAAUUCAUCAAGACGUUCCAUUGAAUUUCGAAUUAAUUUAUGACAAGUAUAGAGAUUGUUUUCAUCCUUCUAGAUGCCCAAAAACGCUAGAGGCUCAUUAUCAGAGAAUGAGACGAAAAGGAAUCAUACGAGAGUAUUUGGCAAAAUCCGGAUCUUCACCUAGCUCUGUCGUGAGUCAAGCAAUUUCAAAUACAACUGCCAACGUUGGAGACGAUAUGGAUGAAGACUUUUAUGAAAACAAGUCCUUCUCAGAAGUGGAAAAGGAAAUUUUGAAUGCUCCUCUUUCCAAUGAUUUGGAGAUGAGAGCACAAAAUAUGUAUACUAUUGAAAAUAAGGUAGCAGAAAAGAACGAGUUAAAGAAAAUUCACAAAUUGGAGAAGGAAAGCGACGUUGAUGAAGAGGUUAAGGAGACUAAGAAGAUUAAGUUGAAUUUAACAGAAGAAGAUGUUAUUGCUGUAUUCGAUGGUAUGCAAACAAAACUUCCUGUUCGUAAAUCGAUAUCAAUAAUUGGAAGAAAAAAUUCGAGUCAUCCUGUUGAUAUUGAUCUAAGCAUGGAAUCUGAAGAUAUUGGAAAGAUAUCUAGGAAGCAAGCCGUUUUAACUCUCACCUAUUCCAUCGAAGAAAAACCAUCUGUAAAGACAAUUGUGGCAACAGGACAGUCAGACAAUAAUUUGGAACGAAUUGCAGAGGUUGAAGAUUUGUCAGGCUGUGUAGAUGAAUCGAACAGUAAGCGCGUAGUGUUCAACUUUAUACUUAAAAAUGUUGGAAAAAGAAGCAUCUUAGUGAACGGGCAACCAGUUGAAAGCGGCUGUGAAGCUCCUGUUCCUCAUCAAUCUCUUGUUCAGUUUCCUGGAGGAUUGAAGUUUGUUUUCAAAUGGAUUACUAGCGGUUUUGAAAGAUGGUAUCAACUGAAUAAGACCGCACUCGAAAGCAGCACAACACAUGCAAUGCCAACCACUACAAGCGAGGACAAGAUGAUUGAAUAA